GAAAUAAUUCAGUGACAUCCUGCAUGAUAAUAAAGCACGUGGAGCUUUCUUUACGUGGCAGUUCAGUUGUCAAAACAUAUAUAUAUAUAUACUGACCUCGUCGUCUGUCUUCUUACCCAACACGAGCUACACAACCGAUCCUGAUUCCUCACCAUUCAUCACCUAUAUUCUGCAGAUUACAAAUUCCCACACAAGUUACAACAUCAAGCUUGAACCCAUUGACACUAUGGACACCAAGAAAAUCUACUCGGCUGUCACGCAGCACUAUGGCUCGCUGGCGACUGAUGCGACCCAGCUCAGCCGUGGCUACGGCACUUCAGUCGCGCAGUCCUUCGGAUACAGCGAAGAGGAGCUCUCCAGCAUCCCGGCGGAGUCCAACCUCGGACUAAGCUGCGGAAACCCCUUGGCUAUGGCAAGCAUACGCGAGGGAGAAACGGUUGUCGACCUAGGAUCAGGGGGAGGCUUCGACGUCUUUCUUGCGGCCAAGAAAGUCGGCCCGACGGGUCGGGCCAUUGGUAUAGACAUGAACAAGGACAUGCUCGCGCUGGCAGAAAAGAACAAGGUCGGCGCCGGCGCCACAAACGUCGAGUUCGUCGAAGGAAUGAUUACCGACAUCCCCCUCACCUCCGGGACCGCCGACGUGGUUCUGUCCAACUGCGUCGUGAACCUCGUCCCGGAGGACGAGAAGCAGCUCGUCUUCAACGAGGUCUUCCGCGUGCUCAAGCCUGGCGGUCGCCUUGCCAUCUCGGACAUCCUGGCCAAGAAGCCGCUGUCGGAGAAGUUGCGACGGUGCGCUGCGGCCUAUGUCGGGUGCAUUGCCGGCGCCAGCUUGGUCGAGCAGUACCAGACGUACCUACGAGAGGCUGGGUUUAGCGACGUCCUGAUCAAAGACGCCAACGCCGAUUUGAAUGUAUACUUGGAUACUCUUCCUGAUGGCACAAAAAAGGCCAAGAAUGGGGGUACUAGCUCCUCGAAUGACUCGACUUGCGGAGCUCCGACACCUUCGGCGAACCAGGGAGGUUGCUGCGGCUCAAAGGACAUUGGCCCGUCUGGAGAGUCCGAGGCGGCUUCCGAAAGUACGACUGCUGCCCAGGCUGAUCUGGCCAAAAUGGCGGCUGAGAUUGGUGAUAUUGACUUGAAUGAGUGGAUUGGGUCAUACAAGAUCUUUGCCGUCAAACCAUUGGAGGGGUAGUUCCUAAUGUGCUUCCUCAACAGCGGUGGUAUUGAUAUGAAGUCGAGCAUAUAUCCUGCUGGGUGGUGGGCCGCUACUGCGAAUUUGACCCUGGAUUGCUGCAGGCUAAUACCGGAGCCGAUGGAACGUGUUUAUUACUUACCUUAGUAUUUGAUCUGAAAACCUUUAAUGGACGAAAACCCCUGCUGGCUUGUAGACUGUAGUGUAAAGAAAAUGGUUCACGUGUGCGGCCUCUAUCUGGUCUUUGUUCGUGUGUCCGGAUCCCACUUCUG